AAAACUUGAAAACACAGAAAGGGGGAAGAAAAGGUUGAGAAGAAAAUGGGAGACGUUGUUUUGUUUAUCGAUGAUUUAUCAUCGAAGAAUUCAAUUUCACAAUGUAGAAUUUGCCAUGAAGAAGAGUUCGAAAGCUUGAAGAGCUUCGAAGCUCCCUGUGCUUGUUCUGGCUCUGUUAAGUUUGCACAUAGGGAUUGUAUACAGAGAUGGUGUAACGAGAAGGGCAACACGACUUGUGAAAUUUGUCUCCAGAAAUAUGAACCAGGAUACACAGUAAUGGCGUCUUCAAAGAAGUCUCAGCUGAUUGAAGCUGCAGUAACCAUUAGAGAUAGCCUGCAAAUUCCCAGAAGAGAGGUUGAACCACAACACCAAGCAAUGAACGAUGAAAAUGAAUUCUCUCAAUGUACUUCCGCCGUCGAAAGGGGUGCCUCUUGCUGCCGAUCAAUGGCUCUCACCUUCACUGUGAUUUUGCUCGUAAAACAUAUCAUUGAUGUCAUCAAUGGCGAAACAGAUCAUUACCCAUUUGCUCUUCUUAUGAUACUGUUAAUGAGAGCUACUGGAAUUUUAGUCCCAAUGUACAUAGUGAUUCGAUCGAUUACAGCCAUUCAAAACAACAUUCGACGACUGGAUUCGGAGGAAAUUGCCGUCGCUGAGGAUGGAGAUGAUGAUUGAGCAGCAGCAGCAGCAUCACAGUGCCCGACAGACAGUCUUAUUGUAUGCUCAUAAUUGUUGCUUCCCAUUUGUGAUCUGAGGCAUUAUACCUAUGCCCAUAUUGUCCAAAUUCCUUUGUUUUUUUGGUAUCAAUAGAUAAAACGUCAUAAAAUAUUGAUUUCCA